AUGGAGCUGACUGGUUUCACCGAGGAGCAAUUAACGGUCCGUGAUGCAAUUUCUGCCAUAUGUUCUAAUUUCCCCAACACGUACUGGCAAGAGUGCGACCAGAAUGAGCGAGAUCCCAAGGAAUUCCACGCCGCAUUGGCCAAGGAUGGAUGGCUGGGAAUUGCACUGCCAGAGGAGCACGGCGGUGCUGGACUGGGCAUUUCGGAAGCCACCAUGAUGAUGCAGACCAUCACUCAGUCGGGUGCUGGUAUGGCCGGUGCCCAGUCCAUUCAUGCCAAUGUAUACGCUACGCAGCCGCUAGCUAAGUUUGGUACCAAGAAGCAGCUAGAGGAGACAAUUCCCAAGAUCAUCAACGGCACCUGGAGAACCUGCUUUGGUGUCACAGAGCCGAACACCGGCUUGGACACGUUGAAGCUCAAAACCUUGGCGCGCAAGCUUGCAGACCGAGAGGUGUACUCGAUCUCAGGACAGAAAAUCUGGAUUACAUGUGCGCAGGUCGCAUCUAAAAUGAUUCUCUUGGCCCGUACAACGCCUCUGGAAGAGGUCAAAAAGUCUGGCCAGGGGCUGUCGAUGUUUUGUAUUGACCUGGCUCGAAGUAAACCUGGAUUGGAGAUGCGCAAGAUCAAGAAGAUGGGUGGCCGAGCAGUAGAUGCGAACGAGGUUUUCUUUGACAACUACGAAAUACCAUCCAGUACCUUGAUUGGCCGUGAGAAUGAUGGAUUCAAGAUUAUCCUGCAUGGAAUGAACGCCGAACGAUGUCUGCUAGCUGGAGAGGCCUUGGGUCUAGGGUACGCGGCCUUGGAACGAGCUGCGCAUUAUGCAAGCGAGCGAGUGGUAUUUGGUCGACCAAUUGGACAGAACCAGGGCAUAGCUCAUCCCAUGGCGGAUGCAUACAUGAAGUUGGAGGCAGCCAAGCUCGCCACAUACCAUGCUGCGCGGUUGUACGACGUCUCUAAAACGGACGAGUCGAUCCCAUUGCACUCUGUGGGCGUGGCCUGCAAUAGUGCCAAGUAUCUGGCCGCUGAGGCUGCUUUUACAGCUUGUGAAAGAGCAGUUCUCAGUCACGGAGGCAUGGGAUACGCGGUGGAAUAUGAUGUGGAGCGAUAUCUGCGAGAGUGUCUGGUGCCUCGCAUUGCACCAGUGAGCCGUGAGAUGAUUCUAAACUAUAUUAGCGAGAAGCUAUCCAUCGCGGUGUCAGGAAAGUCCCCAGCGCUUGUCAACGUUGCCGGCGCCAGAAACUUAAGGGCCGGCGUCGACUGUCAGCCUGCUACAAGUACUCACUGGAGGGUGUACCAGCACCGCGACUCGGAAGAGGAGCCGGCUACAAAACGAGUUCGCACAGUCGCUGAUAACUCUACUGAAACUGCGCGCGGACCAGCAGCAGAAGAGGAUGCAGGUUCCCAAUUUCCUCGUCCAAAAUGCUCUAUUCCGAGUGACGAGGGUCGAACAAUCGAGGAAAGGGAGAUCCCUGUCGCCCAGGCAUGGAAUUCAAGCUCGACCAUAUCUCUGGUAGAUAGGGCCUUUACGCUACAUAAUGCAGCCCCGAACUGUCUUCCAGCAACGAAUGCCAUCCCUGGAGGCCACCCGGGGGAGCUGAGACCCGACAACUCGGAACCAGAGGAAGAGUCUAGACCAAGGAUGCUUGAUGACUUGAAUUCGAGAUCAGGGAACCGCUUAUUACCUAGGCUGCGGUCAUUUACUCAGCCACGGCGGAGUGCUUCCGCAGAGCUUGCAAUGCUCCUCCCUAGUCGUCAGGCUGCAGCUUUGCUUGUGGACACUUACUUUGACCGAGUGCACUGGUUCAUGCUCAUCUUUCAUCAAGACUACUUUCGACGGCAAUGGCCAAUGUUAUAUAAUCAUUCCAGUGGCGGAUUGUCUAAUGACCAUAGUAUUGGGUUCAUCAGUACUUUUUUAAUGGUUCUCGCUAUUGGGCUACAAUAUAUUGGGGAUCAUCGUCGGCGCCUAUUGUCCUCUUACGGCAUAGAUGCGGAUGACUUAAAAGAACGGAUCUUCUCAGUUGUCAGAGCCAAGUUGCUCGAUAUUAUAUCCGUUGGCUCACUAGAGGCUGUCCAAACCUGUGUUUUGCUAGGGACUUACUACCUAUAUCACGGUUCCCCUAGAUUAGCUUGGCCAGUGUGCGGAUGUGGGCUGCGGAUUGCCCAAGCACUCGGUCUGCAUCGCAAGAUAUCAAUAGUUAACUCAGAAUCGAGCUCUGUGGCUGCAGACGUACGCAAAAAGAAUGAGGCGAGAAAACGGAGCUGGUGGGCAAUUUACGAGAUUGAAACGUUUUGCUCUAUGACUUACGGGUACCCUCACAGCAUCAGGGACGCCGAUUGUGACGUGGAGCCGUUGGAUCCGUCCGCAAAGUCUGAAGAUAGUCAGUCGCCUAGCUCGUUUGAUCAGCCAUUGAGUGGAGAGGCCACUCUCCUAUCGUACAAAUACUACAUGUCCAAGCUCUCACGUAUCACCAAAAAUGUCCUAACAGAGCUGUAUCACAUCGGCCCCAAUCCCGCAGGAAGCCCAAAGCUCAACAACCCUGCUUCAAGUCCACAACAUACGCUUAAAACAGUUUCACAAUUCGAUACACGGCUAAAACUGUGGCACAAAGAAAUCCCAUUAAGAUUGCGGUUCGAAAGUGGGGUUGCCAUGGGUGCCGGCUAUUCUUCCCCAGACGAACUAGACCGCGAUAUCGGAGGGUCAGGUCCUACUUUCGAGAACCACAUCUACCAGCUUCAGGGACUCGCGCUCAAGCUUGGCUACGAAAAUGCUAGGAUCCUGGUUCAUCGUCCUUUGCUUUCCUAUAAGUUGGUCACCAAAUCAUCUGACCCGAAUGUCAGCAGCACAAACGGAUCUGGUUCCACUCAAGUCGACCCAUAUCAUCUCUGCCUGCAGGCUUGCCACGAGGCAGCAAUUAGCAUAUCAGAUAUCAUAUCUAAUCCAAUUGUCGACAUUGUAUCCGCGACAUAUGCUGCAUCGUUUGUCAGUAUUCAUGUCUUCACGGCUGGAGUGACUCUGGGUAUUCUCAGUAGCAUCGAACCUCUUACGCCUCGAUCUCGCGAGGCCAAAGUUGGUCUCCAUCGUCUGAUGGCAAUUCAGGAGAAAUUACGAACUCGAUCUGUUUUGGCUGUGCAGGGCCUUGAAAUCCUGCAGCGAUUGACGAAGCUUGUAAUGGAGAAGGAGCUAAAUACUAUGCUUGAUCUAUCAAAGCCAAUGGACUCAAAAUUGCCUCUUAGAGAGAGCACUUCCAAUGCCACCGAUGGGUCAGAUUAUUUGCAAGAUGCUCAGCUGGCCACUCGUCAAAACGAUCCGGCCUCUAACCCCACAUCCUCAGGGUCCUUUAUGCACGCCGCGGUGUCUGUCAUCCCUGAAAUGGCAAUGCCAGUGACGGGGCCGUUUGAGCCGGAUGAUACAACUACCGAUAAUUGUCUACAGUAUAUUGAGAAUCCUGCCUUAUCUGAGGCCCUGUAUGAUUUUGAUCAAGCAUUGCUAUCACAUUCAUCACAGUGUCCACCUAGAUCCGAGGAUUUACAUGACUCGUCGUUUCUUCCACCUCCCGAUGACGAGUUCGCAAUACUCGAGCAAACAUGGAUUUGGGGAUGGGACAAUCUACCACCCUAUGAAUAA